UACAGACAUAAAACACUCUCCAAAAUAAAUGAGACUCCGAUAGAAACCCAGAUGCUCUUAUACUCUUUCUUUUCCUACUUCUGUCCGCGACAAAAGCAGGUUCCAGAACACUAAGAAGAGCCAGAGAGCGAGAAUAUGAGCGAGCCUUCACUCUCUUUCUUCUUUUUCUUCAUCUUCUUCUUAUUCCCUGCAAUCUCCGAUUCUUCAAAGUGCUCAAUCAAGGGCUUACCACUGGUCAGGAAUAUCAGUGAACUUCCACAAAAUGACUAUGGAAGGGGAGGUUUGUCCCACAUAACUAUUGCGGGUUCAGUCUUGCAUGGGAUGAAUGAGGUUGAGGUGUGGCUUCAAACGUUCUCUCCAGGAUCACGCACACCGAUCCACAGGCAUUCCUGUGAAGAGGUUUUUGUUGUCCUAAGGGGGAGUGGCACCCUCUAUCUUGCUUCAAGCUCACAUGAGAAGUUCCCUGGAAAGCCACAGGAGUAUUCUAUAUUUUCGAAUAGCACUUUUCAGAUACCUGUUAAUGAUGCUCACCAGGUCUGGAAUACUAAUGAAGAUGAGGAUCUGCAAGUGCUUGUUAUCAUAUCUCGUCCACCAGUCAAAGUGUUUAUAUAUGACAGUUGGUUCAUGCCUCAUACUGCGGCAAAACUGAAGUUCCCCUAUUAUUGGGAUGAAGAAUGCCUCCAACCACCUCCAAAAGAUGAGCUUUAAUAUUGAAACGUAGAAUACCCUUCAAAUAUCAAUCCUACUGCAACAAUUUGGAAAAGCUGCCAAGAGCUGAGUCAUCGUGUAGGAAACCUUCCCAAGUCCAAAUACUUUCAUUCUUGAUAACCAUAUCUUAAUUCCUCAGAAAAAAUUGUGAGAGGGACAGCACAAGUGCAGUCUUCUUGGAAGCACCAAGAAUGCGGAUGAUCCCUAUUGCAUAUUCUGGUUUGGAGACUCCAUUGAAGUUGGAAGAAUUAUGUUUAAAAAGCAAGGAGGGUACAGAUAGUAAUGCAAAUGGUCAAUCUUAGCCGAAACAGAGUAGGAACAGCCCCAUUCUCCCAGAAACAGUAACCGAUCGCCCAACGACUCCAUAGAAUCGACCCAUUUGCGUGGCUUGUCAUCGAGUUUAAAUACAUAGACGACAAAAGACCCGUCCUUAGUAACCAAAUACAAAUCAAGAUCACUCUGUGGCUUCGCCAAGGAUGUAAUAUCAUCCGCAUACUGCUCCACAGAGUCUGAGAUAGGAGGAGCAACUUCGAUAAUCUCCAAGGAAGAACAAUCAACGGGCUAUCAACCGCAUCUUCUUAUCGACUGCAAUAAACCCCCCUUUGUAAUAAGCAAUAUCUUUGUAACAAAACCACCCCUUCUCUAUUUCUAUCCAUCUAUCUUCUCCCCCUUCUUCCAUACUACCAAAUUUCCUUUAAUAAAUAUAGUCAUGACCACAGAUUCACCAUCCCAUUUUCUCUGACCCACAACAACUUUCUUCGCCAAAAACGUUUCUGUUUCUGGGAAAUUUUCUCCUUUUACAACUUGAAGAUUGUACUCUUUGCCCAACUCUUUUACUCUAUAAUCCAAUAGGUUGAUGACCUUGGGAAGAUUAGUGACCUUGGGAAGACAAACUUUCCCGGACUAUGUCUCUUCAAUCUUAACAAACCAGUUCUUAGUAGCCUUGUCCGUAGGGCUCUCGACCAAGAGUUCCAGAGAAUAGAUUGUGUAUUCUUUCAGUAAUAGGUGGUUUGUACCUACGUAGUCUUCGAGUUUUGGAUGUGGAAGUCUGAGAGGCAACCUAAUACGGCUGAAGCGGUCGUUGUUGGGACUGGGUGGGAAAGGGAUUGGGGAACUCCAAACUCUUCAAACCGCUCGGAGACGAAUGAUGUCCAUUGCGAGUGUUGGAGGAGUGCAUUGUGAUUUCUUCCAAAAUAUCUGUUCCGAUGAUGGACCAUUCUGGUGGGUUCGAUUUCCUUUCACUUCUUCCCAAGAACAAAUUCAUCACUGCUUCCUUUAUUUCCUGAGGCCGUGGGAGAGAAGAAUAUGUUUGGACUCACAAUUUUAAUUUAUGGGAUUAAUCCACUUUUAUUUCCCAAACUAA